AUGUUGCGUUUGCAGCCCUCAGCUGGCGAAUGUGCUUCCAGCACUUUGCGUCGCCGAGCCUCGCAAUUCGGUGCAGCGCUUGCCUCGGUUCUCUCACCCACUUUGACUCAUACAUCUCUGCGACCGCAGAGUACUUUGUCCGUCACGUCCACAAACACUCUGAGCAGCGAGACAGACGGUAGUCUGGAAACUGGCUCCAUUUGUGCAGAUCAUUUAACCAAGAUGGAUGCCAAAGAACGAGCGGCACUCAAAUCGCUAUGGCAUGAUUUCAAUAUGGGCUUGAACAAUCUAAUCCGCCAACACGCGGGUGUCACCGUGCCUGACAAAGAGUUGAGAGAAAUCUUGGAGCGCCAACUGAUUGCUGAUCUGGUUCCGCCGUAUCGUUUAUUUUGGGAUCGAUCAGCAAAUUUAGGCUUCACCUCGCACCGAGAGAAGUAUAUGCGUGUUAGCGUGCAGGACCUGGAAAUGCGUCUGAGGCAACUGCUCACGGGUUCAGGUCGAUGA